AUGAGCGACGCUGCUAUCGCAGUACCGUCGGAUGACGAGAGACAACUCGACACUUUUCGCGACAGUCUCCGUGAUGGAAACGUCAGUGCAAAACUACAUGGAGCACGUGGAGAACCGGCAAACGGAGGUUUGAAACUGCUGGAAGACAAAGUGACACUGGUGUGGCAACCCAGAGCUCUUCCCUUGCAGAGUUAUCUGCCUCCAUCACUCUUGGAAAAAAUCGUGAUACACGACGUCAGCGUCGUGAUAACCGAGGCGAAAAGCGUGAGAACAGGACGCCAAACGACCAAUUUUGUGCGGACGAUCAAGUAUUUAACCACCGACGAGCUUCCUGCGAACGAUGACAGGUGUUUAUCGCUCUUCGAUUUAGAGUUCGAAGACGAAUUUACUCGAGACAUUGCACGCGCAUUCUUCCGACAACAAGCAGGUUUAAAGCAAAAUGAACCAGAAAACACCGAAAUAUUCACGGACAUCGAGCUGCCGAGUGGGUUGCCAACUCGAUGUUACCAAGUCGUGGUGCAUCCGUCUUUCCAGCUUGCAGUACUGAUCGCUGUAGUCGGCAGUAUGACGUCAGUCGGAUGGCGUUCAUUCCGCUACGUGACGAACCUCGAUGACGAAGAAGACGUGGAAGAAGUGGCGAGGUUUGGCAUGACUGUGUUAGAAUAUUUUCUACUGGUAUUUCUAACCAUGGAGCAGAUCUGUAAAGCCAUCGGAUUGGAAGGGAUCGCGCCGUUAUUAAGGAGUAAAUGGGACGCGUUCGACCUCUGCGCAGUGAUGAUCAGCUGGUUAGCUGUACUGCCCUUCUCUUCGUUGGCUGGAUUUAAUCUGCUGUCACUUCGCGUUUUUCGAGGUGUGCGGAUUUUUAAGCGUUGGAAAAGCUUCCAGGAAACAAUGGAGACCUUCCUGGUUUCGUUACCAAUGGCUGGUAAUGCAGUACUCUGUUAUUGCUACUAUCUGUUCUUGUUCGCGAUCUUGGGGAUGUACCUUUUCAACAACUCAUUGUCUCAUCGCUGCGCGAUUCAAGCGGAUUCCGAUACUUUUAUCGCCCCAAUGGCUGUGGGUGACACCAAGACGUAUGUUGCUGAAACGCCAGUGCAUUUCUGUCGAAUGGAUGAUACGUCUUCGGGCUGUAAAUCCAACAUGGAAUGUGUAGCCAUGUCUCCACCCGAUCGCGGAUAUACCGGUUUCCACUCGUUCCAAGCGUCGUUUCUAACGGUGUUCUUGAUAACGUUACGAUCGGGAUUUGGCCCUUCUUUGGAUGGAGCGCAACAAGCGUCAUCCUACUUCUCGAUCAUUUACUUUAUCGGGUUGGUAGUGUUCGUCAGCUACAUGAUCUUGUCACUUUUCGUGGGGAUUGUUCGAGACAGCUACAUCUCCGUAUCAAUAGUACGCGCUGCAAAAGUGACUCAACAAGAAAAAAGAAUGGAAACAUAUCUAAAGAAACCACGUGUCCAAUUCCCGAAAGGAACGGAAAAGUUCCCAGAUGUGAUGCAAGUUGUCGACGCCAAGUGGCAAAUCUAUCGAGGGCGAUUCAAAGACUGGUUGCUGCAAUCGCCACUGUUCACAAGAGCAGAUGGAACGUUUCUAAGCUGGUGUAGAUUACGUCAAGAACGGACUUUUUUCAUUCUGGAAUCUGGAAGUCCCACCAUGGAUAAAAUUUCGUCAAUCGCGGAUUCUUCGGCUUUCGAACAUUUCAUGAAUCUGGUGGUUUUCUCCAACUCGGUUUUAUUCGCACUGGAAUAUCACGGGAUGAGCGACAUCUAUGCUUCUCGUUUAUACAUGAUCGAGAACUUUCUCAUGCUGGUGUACGCCACCGAAUUUAUUAUCAUCGGGGCAGCAUCCGGUGGACUUGUUGGAUAUUUGCAGAAUCCAUGGAAUCGUCUGGAUUUUGUGCUUCUGGUCAUCGCCUGUGUCGAAUUUCUACUGCUAUCGUGUUCAGUUCUGCUCUACAGUGACAGCUACGCUCGUGGGAUAUUCGUCCUUCGAUUAUUUCGUCUAGUGCGGCCAUUCCGAGUGGUGCGACAAAAUAACAAGCUGCUGUUAGUACUGGAUGCUAUACUAGCCAGUGUGCCUGCAUUUCUAAGCUCCAUCGCGUUCCACCUGCUUCUAAACAGCGUAUUUGCUGUUGUGGGUAUGAAUCUGUUUGGUGGCAACUUCCCACUGACCAUGCAGUCACACUUUAACACGUUUAGUGACAGUAUGCUCACCCUUUUCAAGUUCUCGAAUGGAGGAAGUAUCUGGCCGAUUUUUCACGCUUCUCUUCAAGCUAGUUCGUUUGGAGUGGCACUGCUUUAUUACAUGACGUACGUGGUGUUGUGUCGGUAUAUCGCACUCAACUUCAUGCUGGUCGUGCUACUCCGAAACUUUGCCAUGAAAGGUGAUGAAAGACGGAAAACGUUGAGUGGAUUAUUCCAAGAUCGGAUGUUUGCCAUGCAACGGAUUCAUCUCUUCGACAUGUACACGUUUGUCCAGGAGUUCGGGAACCUUUACCAAGGAGAUAUUAUGAACGUGAGCUUGCCCGGAAGUGCCAAGAAGCGAGCGCAACGUGCUUUAUCGGCUUCCGAAGCACUCAAAGCUAGAUUAUUCAACGUCCUUCCAACUUCGGAUUUUCUGAAGAUUAAAGGAUACUACGGCACAACGAAAACUCAGCACGAGCGCAAGUACGUUCCAUUAGAAGCUUCACAGAACGGAAAAUCCAAGAACCAAGCCGCCGUGACUCCGAUUGAAGAAUUUGGACCGGAUGGACCUCAUCAGGAGGUGUAA